AGAGUGGACGAGGAAACAACAACAUAAACUACCAAGUUCCACAGGUCCAGGGUUUUGGUUGGGUUUUGCUCCUCUUCCGUUCCAUUUCCAAUUCCUUCAAUUCUCAAAUCAAGAAUGCUCUUAACUGUUUGAGAAGAGAAUCAUGCAUCGACGCAUCACCCUCUUCUCCCUCCGAUUCCUCUCCCACAACCCCACCACCACCACCACCGCCGCCACUCUCCACCACCACCACCGCCUCUACUCCUUCACCCCCUUCCGCCGCCCCCCACCUGACCCCAACGACCCCUCCACCCUCCUCAAGGAAGACGGCGUCUCCCUCUGCUCCCAAAUGUGGAUCGACAACUUCCGCCACCCAGACAGAGUCGUCACCAACCUCUCCUCCUCCCUCCGCCGCUUCGAGCUCUGGCUCCUCGCCUACCAGAAAGUCCUCACCGACGAAACCGGCGCCUACACCCCACGCAGCACCAUCCCCAGGUCCCAGCUUGAGGACCUUCUCGCCCUCCGCAAUGCCGUUCUCGAUGGAAACUUCAAGUGGGGUGCCAGGCUCAAGUUCCAUAUCAAGUCCCCCAAGGACAAAACCGAUUACGAUUCGCUCUCGAAGAGGAAGAUUAAGAUCAUCCUCACCACCACACAACCUGCACCAUUUCAAGAUAAAAUAGUUCAGGAGGUUUUGUUGAUGAUCCUUGAGCCUAUUUAUGAGGCUCGGUUUUCGUCGAAGUCCUUUGCGUUUCGUCCGGGGAGGACCCCUCAUACUGUUUUGAGGGUCAUUAGGAGGAGCUUUGCUGGGUACUUGUGGUAUAUUAAGGGUGAUUUGAGCACUGUGUUGGAUGGGAUGAAGGUGGGGUUGGUGAUCAAUGCUGUUAUGAGAGAUGUGAGGGAUAAGAUGAUUAUUGAUUUGUUGAAGUCUGCUUUGGUGACGCCGGUGGUCACAACUAAGGUUGAUGACAGGGAACCGAAGAAGAAGACGAAAAGGAAGUAUCAGAAGAAGAGGGUUUUGGCUGAGGAUGAGCCUAAGCCUGAUCCAUAUUGGUUGGAUACGUUUUUUGGAUUUGCACCUGAGGAGGCUGAGAAGGUUCCCAAGUGGGGGCAUUGUGGAGUUCUGAGUCCUCUUUUGGCUAACGUUUGUUUGGAUGAGUUGGACCGUUGGAUGGAAGGGAAGAUUAAGGAGUUUUAUGUUCCCUCCAAGAGUGAUGUUAUAUGGAACAGUCCAGAAGGGCAAGCUGAGCAGGGGAACACGUCAUGGCCGGAAUUUGUGCCUACGAGCGGACCUGAUAAAACUAGGAAGAUUGAUUAUAUAAGAUACGGAGGUCAUAUCUUGAUUGGGGUUCGAGGCCCUCGGGCGGAUGCAGCAACCCUGAGGAAGCAAUUGAUUGAGUUUUGUGAUGAGAAGUUAAUGCUCAAGCUUGAUAAUGAGAGCCUUCCUAUAGAGCACAUAACUAAAGGUAUAAUGUUUCUUGAUCAUGUGUUGUGUCGGAGGGUUGUUUAUCCGACUCUCAGAUACACUGCAACUGGUGGUAAGAUCAUAAGUGAGAAGGGUGUAGGGACCCUUUUGUCUGUCACUGCGAGCUUAAAGCAAUGCAUUAGGCAAUUUAGAAAGUUGAUGUUUCUCAAGGGUGAUAGGGAUCCCGAUCCCCAGCCUUGCUUCAGGAUGUUUCAUGCCACUCAAGCUCACACCAAUGCUCAAAUGAACAAGUUUUUGGCAACUGUGGUGGAGUGGUACAGGUAUGCAGACAAUAGGAAGAAGAUCGUGAACUUUUGCUCUUACAUCAUACGAGGCUCACUUGCAAAGCUGUAUGCUGCAAAAUACAAGCUUCGAUCGCGUGCGAAAGUAUACAAGAUUGGUGCCCGCAACCUUAGCCGUCCACUGAAGGAGAAGAAAGGGCAGUCUCCUGAGUACCAUAAUUUGCUGAGGAUGGGUCUUGCCGAAUCAAUAGAUGGACUCCAGUUUACAAGGAUGUCUCUUGUACCCGAGACAGAUUACUCACCGUUCCCUAGUAAUUGGAGACCUGACCAUGAAAAGUCAUUGCUAGAAUACAUAAAACUAGAAGAUCCAAAGACUAUGGAGGAACAGCAGAAUUGCAUCAGAGAACAAGGUCUUGUUACGCCUCAAGAUUAUAUUUCAAUGCUUGUUUGGAAUUACAAAAGGAAUUCUCUUCCUACGGACCAUCUUUCAUCAUUGAAGAGCAAUGAAAGUGUUGUAGGACAUCAGCCUUUGCUAGUUGCCUCAAACCAGGAUGACAAUGACAACAAAAGCAAAGAGGAAGAAAAUGAUGCAAGGAUGAAUCCAGCACAAAUGUAGCAGAAGGUUGACAACAUCUUUAUCUUUCCCACCAUGGAUGCUUUGCCAGAGAAAGGGUAUAAUGACUGAAAAGUGAAGUUAUUUUGAGCAGGCAUCUGACUUGGGAAAAAUACUGGGAUUUCCACUCUGCCCCGACACUGGGCUAUCAGAUGGAGGUAAAAGAUCUAAGCACGUAAAAUAUGGAAUCCAAUUCAGCAUGAUAUUUUGGAGUGCUAUAUUGGUGAGUCCAUCGGAAGGAGUAUGCAGCUUUGUAUGCAAGUCUAUUAAGUGUGCUUCUUGUGAAUGCAUACAAGGCAAGAAGGGAAUUGAACUCCAAUAGGAUCAUCUCAAAUAUCAUCUCGAAGUUUUUAAAAUGGCCAUUUGUUCAUAUGUACUUGUCACCUUUUUUAAGAGUUGAAUGUAUCUUCAUCUCUUAGUUCUUGCUUGACCCUGAUUACAUUGAUAUGUAUAAUUUUUUCACUUUCAUUUACACGUCCAGCAGUUAAGUGAA